AACUGGGCUGGAGCUGUCAAUUCUUCACCUCCAUCUGGGCGAUUUGCGGCUGUGAAGAUGAAUCUAACGUUACCCAAAACUCUUGGACCAGAUUAUUUUCAGCCAAACAAUGAAUAUUACGCGGCUAAUGCCUGGCUUGGGAUCGAUGGAUGGUCUCACCGUACCGCUUUGUUACAAGCUGGAAUUGUCAUGGAAGUAAACAAGAGUAUUUCCGAGGAGCUUGUCUUCAGGCCGUGGUACGAAUGGUGGCCCAAAGAAGCUAUGUUCUUCGAUAUUCCAAUGGGGCCUGGCGAUGAUAUACAAAUUGAAGUCGUAAUGUUCAACGCAACGUACGGAAAGAUCAUCUUAGAGAACUUAUCCCGAGGGGAAUGGGUCGCACGAAAGUUGAAGUCGCCGUACCCUGAUGCAGGCCUGGUUGGCAGCAGCGUAGAAUGGAUCAUGGAAGACUUU